UCUCGCAACAAGGGGUGGUGACACAAUGGCAGCAGCACAGCCUUGGACCCCUUACAACAGCCUCACCCAGGCUCCCACCAACCUCAAGGAGGCCAUUGACUGGGUCCUGAGGGUUACUGGUAAGGAUGGUAAAACAAACAAGGCGGCUUCGCCGCCCCAAUUCAGCUGCAUCUGUUUCCUGGCCAAGGCAGUGAAGGACCUACUGUAUGACGCCAAGGACCCGGAGUACCCUGGUCCCAGCCCUGACAGGAACUGGGACGGCAUACUCCUAGACCAGGAAAAGGACAUAGUACUGCCAGUGCUCACUGACCUGGGACUGGUCAAUAGUGACAGCACUAUCUACAGUGCUGCUGGUGGCACCGAGGUCAUAAAGGCACUGAUAGACCAGUUGGCCCAGGGACUACAGAAGUGGGUUGGGUGGCAGGAAAAAGGAGAUGAGUGUUGUCUGAAGGGAGAGGGUGGUGGUGGAGCAAAGGAGAGUAAAGGUAUAGGAAGGAAGUGUGAAUGUACUGGUGGUGCAGCACAGUGUUGUACCGGUGGUAGUGGUACUACCUGUCAUGAGUGUAGCCAGUGUGGUACCGGUGCCAGUGCUAGUGGUGCUGCCAACAAAUGCUACCUAUCGGCCUAUUGCAAGAAGAAUGGUACCGAUAGGAGUGGCACUCCACCUGAAGGACAAUACUCCUGGCCCACCAUAUCCAGUGACUCCACAAAGGUCCACCUCCUGGCCCGUAUUUUCCUAGGGUCAGUAUGUCUCAUCUGGAGUGGACUCAGUCAGUUGGGGUUCCUAACGGGUGGUAGCGAGAGGUGGGAGAAGGAUACACUGAGUAGUGAGACUAAGGGUCUCGGCUCAUUCAUGGCGGCCAUGGGCUAUGACCUGGAUAGGUUGAAUCAGGGGAGUGGUACAGGUAAAGGAAAUGGAGAGUUUGUGCAAAAAUUGUUGACCAAGAAUGAUAAAGGAGUAUCAUGGAAAGAAUUCCAGGGAGGCAGUACUAAUAAGGAUAGUGUAGCUGAGUACUAUAGCGGUAUCUAUGACAAGGCCUAUGGUGCUGGCAAGAGUACUACAGAGCAAUUAUGUGAGCAGUACCCCCUAUUGGUACUCCACAUCCUGGCCAGUGGGUACUUCAGGGCAGGUAGUGCCGGGGCUAAUAAAGUGACGCCGGCGAAGCCGGCCACUACUAGUUCUGCCAGUGUCACUCCCAGCCCUAGGAAACCCAGGACCAUCCGGGAAAUCCUAUACUGGCUUAGUGCAUUGCCCUAUUGUGAUAAGUACAGAGAGCUGGUACAGAGGAUGGGAGAUAAGACGGAUCUGGUGACCAAUGGGAGCGAUGAUAAGAAUAAGAUAGUGCUUCACGGAGAAGGUGAUGGCAAAAAGACGGAUCUCCACAAGGACAAGAUUACCCACUACCUGAUGGCCGCCUGUGGCUACUGCCCACUGGUACUCAUCGGUAUCCAGGGGACCAUAGCUACCGGUGGCAAUGACACUCCUGCGACAGGUAGUAGUGCUGGAGGAAGUGCUGGGAGUACUAACAAGUGCCCUGAACACAAGAAAAACCCUAGCGCUAAGAGGUGUAAACUAGGAAAGGAUGCUGCCCAGGCAUCGGCAGCUCCCCCGGCAGCUUCCGCCAACGGAGAACUCAAGGAAGGUGAGGUCUGCUACGGCGGGUACCACCUGGCAGUAAAGGAUUUCGGCCCCCUCCAUGGGAUGUACGCCAAUGGGCUCUUUGGCUUCCAGAUGGACCUUUCGGCCGCCCAGUGCCUGGACCAACUGAGGAUAUAUGUCUACCACUGCUUCUACCAGCUCUAUUUCCUGAGGAAGCAAUGCACGGUGGGAGUGGCAGGAGACAAGAAGGCUGUGCUGGGCUGGCAGAGUUGUAGGUAUGGGAAGGGUGUAAGUACCACGAGUGCUAGACUGUGGAUAUGUCAGACAAAAGGUACUGCUGGUGGUACGGAGCAUACCAAGAAUUGUGGUAUAUUCGAUGGUGCUAGAUCCAAGGAAGCUUCACCCUUACAGAGCUUUUUGUGUGAUGCGAUAGGAACAAUGGUUUGCAAUCAAACCAUAGGAGUAGAUCUCAACAGCCAGAAGCAGAAGUAUCCUGAAAUUGAUGCUCAUAUGAACAAGACAGUAGAUUCUAAAGGGAUAGAACAUCCGGCACACCUACAGUAUCCUCAGUUGUGCCCUGUCCCAAUGGGCUGGAGCAAGGAAGGCACUAGUGGUGAGAACCACUUCAAAGAUUUAAAUACUGGAAGCCAUAAGACACAACAACUUACAGGAGGUACUGGCAAAGCCACUUACCCUAUCCACUGCACUGGCAGGACACUGUCACUACUCCUGGAGUACUACUGUGACCCAGAAAAGUGCCAAAGUGGCACCCUAGUGGUACUACUGAGACUACUGGCAUGUAUUACUCCCACGGUGCCACGGACACUGGGUGACCUCUUUGGGUUCUAUUACUAUGUAGUCUACAUUGGGGGAAAUGGGAAUGGAAGUAAUGAAGUGAAGAAGAAGCUAGGAGAUUUAGAAAAGGAGGUGGUACUCUAUAUGGGUCAAGGUGAUAAAGUGGUCGAGGCACUCACUGGGUGGAGCAGUGGAGAUUGCCAGACAGGCACAAAAGGAACCCUCAAAUGCCUAACAGGGUGCAAUACGGGUGCCCCUAGUGGUCAAUGCUCUCAAUACCUCUCUCCUCUGAGUGGCCAGCAGUAUGGCCAGUUGAGUCCCUUGAUGGCCGGGACCUACCUGUCAUGGUUGGUCUAUUUGAUUGAAAAGUUCGAGGAUGGGCUGAAGGGGUUGGCAAAGGAUUAUAGGGAUAUAGUGUGCAGAGAUAAUUGCAGUUCGGGUCAGGGAGGAGGUGGAUGUAGCGAUGGUAAUGGAUGCCGACAAGGAACACAUGGUACUAAGUGCACUGGUGGUAGUAAUGGCGGAGUCUGUCAGUGUGCCUCUGUCGUAUCAUGUACCGGGGUACUACCGGUGUUGUACAAGUAUGGAUUUGGGUAUGGUAACGUAACGGAGCUGCACAAGCAAGGAGGUGUAGGUGUUGGUAAUACACAGAAGAAGUGUCACGAGUUCCUAAGCACGCUGAAUGGCGUUUUAGAAGGCAACCACAUCAAGCAUGACGGCACCAGUGGAGGCCUCCACCACGAAAUAAAUAAGCUCAUCUACACCACCAGGCUCCCCUGGAUCUUUGUUCUCACGCUAGCGUGGCUAGUAGCGGUACUCUAUCUAGCAUUUGGAGCCAUAUGGCCACUGGACUGGACACAUAUGAGGUCGCAUUGCAGGGGAUGGUUCAGGAAGGGUAGUCUGAGUCCAUGGGAGGUACUGAUGGUGGGCAAGAAGAAGGGAAGGGGGAUACUAGAGUAUUUUGGAAAGACAUAGUGGCAAAGUAGUGGCGCCUUCGGCGCGAUAACUAG